AACCCACCUCCACACAAUGACGGCGACGCUACACUUCCGCCUGCGUCUGACGUCGCUUCCGUUUCUCUUGGCAACAGGGAGACGCAGAGAGGAGAGUUGUCGCGAGCAGGCGAAGAAAUGGCUGAAGUUGAGGAAACACUGAAGAGGAUCGAAGCCCAUAAAGGUGUGAUUGGAACAAUAGUUGUUAAUGCAAAAGGUAUUCCCAUCAGAACCACUUUAGAUAACUGCACGGCGGCUCAGUACGCAGGACUUCUUCAUCACCUCACGAUGCAGGCCAGGAGCACAGUGAGGGAUAUUGAUCCUCAGAAUGACCUCACCUUCCUCCGCAUCCGUACCAAGAAAGAUGAGAUCAUGGUUACACCAGAGAACGGCUAUCUGCUGAUAGUCAUCCAGAAGCUACGUGAAUAGCUGCUGGACACAGUCAACCUUUGGUUUGUCACAUGGUGGUUGAAUGUUUUUCCACUGUGUUAUGUUGCUCCAAGCACUGCACACAUCCCUCAUUAUGUCGCUCUGUAGUAUGAAACUCAGUAUUAUGUGAACUGACUUUUUACUACUGUCUGUUUCUCCUCUAAAAAGAAUAGUAACUGUGAUAUUUGUGCCUUAUUUCUAAAAGAAAUGGUCUCUGUUCUGAAUGUAGUUUCCUACUGGAAGAAAAUAUCACGUCUACCUUCUAAAUAUUUGAUUUUAAAGUAAAAGUAAUUCAUUGUUUUUAUCCCUCCAUGUUAUUUUGACAAAGCUAUAAAUAGGACAUUGAUGUUCCACACUAAUUUUAUCAACUGGCUCCAGAAGAUUUAUUUCAUUAAUUUUGGUCUUGUUCUGUUUGGAAAGAUAUUUGUGCUUUUAUUUCCCAAUAUAUUGAUUCAGAAUUUAGUUACCCUUUCAUAUGAUAAUGUAUUGUUUGGCUUUUUUUUUUUUCAUGCUCUUCUACCAAAAGAAUACUAUAUCAUCAGUCCUACUGCUUGCUAAAUCAUGUAUUGAUAAAUAUAAAUUUUCCAAUCAUAAACCAUCUUUAUUUAAUAUUUUAAAAAAGAUAAAUCAAGCAAUAUGUCCAAACCUUCCAUGUAUUUACCCAUUUUCUGUCUGUCUGUUUUUAACUGCUGUUUGUUAAUAAACAGAAAAUAAAGUCGUAUUAAUCUAUAA